UCUGACCAACGCCGGUUAUGCUGCAGCCGCGUCUCCAUGUCCUCUGCUGGCUCCAUGAGCGGAGGGGGCGGAAGGGCCUCCAUGGGCUCAUCUGGCCUCUCCCUCUCCGGGGGCAGUUCUCGCAUGAGCAUCAUGCGGGCCGGAAGCGUGUACGGAGGAGCCGGCGGUGCCGGGGUGCGCAUCUCCGGUGCGUCCCGCAUGCUGUCCAUGGGUGGCGGCGGCAGUGGUGGCGGCGGCGGCUACGGCGGCGGCUACGGCUUCUCCUCUUCCGGAGGAUUCGGAGGGGGAUUCAGUAUGUCUGGCGCCAUGGAUGGAGGCGUCAUUGGCAACGAGAAAUUCACCAUGCAGAACCUGAACGACCGUCUGGCCUCCUACCUGGUCAAGGUGCGCACCCUGGAGAAGGCCAACGCCGAGCUGGAGCUGAAGAUCAGACAGUUCCUGGAGAGAAAGACCACUCCGGCAGGUCAUGAUUUCCAGGGUCACUUUCUCACCAUGAAUGACCUCAGGGCAAAGAUAGGGGCAGCCCUCCUGGCUAAGGGCAGCAUCCAUCUCAGCAUUGACAACGCAACUCUGGCAGUGGAUGACUUCAGAGUCAAGUAUGAAGCUGAGCUGAACAUGCGUCUGUCUGUGGAGGCGGACAUCGCUGGCCUAAGAAGAGUCCUGGAUGACCUCAAUCUGGCCAGGGGUGACCUCUCCAUGCAGAUCACAGGCCUGCAGGAUGAACUUGUCUACCUGAACAAGAACCACCAGGAGGACCUUGUGGGUAUGCGUGCUCAGAUGACCGGGCAGGUCCACGUGGAGGUCGACGCAGCACCUCAGGAGGACCUGAGCAAGGUCAUGGCCGAGAUCCGUGAGCACUACGAAGCCGUUGCGGCCAAGAACAGGAAAGAUCUUGAGUCGUGGUUCGAGGCAAAGACGGUGGCUCUUAGCAAGGAGGUUAAGACAAGCACAGAAACCCUUCAGACAUCCAGAUCGGAAACGUCCACCUUCCGAAGCACGGUCCAGUCUCUGCAGAUCGAGCUGCAGUCACUACUGAGCAUGAAAGCAUCCAUGGAGACCACACUGGCUGAGACACAGAGCCGCUACGCUGGCAUAUUGGCCGGGUACCAGGCUCAGGUGAGCAGCCUGGAGGUCCAGCUCACUCAGCUCCGCGGAGACCUGGAGAGCCAGAGCUGCGAGUAUCAGAUGCUUCUGGACAUCAAGACCAGACUGGAGAUGGAGAUUGCAGAGUACAGAAGACUCCUGGACGGAGAAGCUGUCAGCUCAUCAUCCUCCAGCUCCACCUCCACCUCCAGAACCAAAUAUGUCACGGUGGUGGAGGAAGUGGUGGAUGGUAAGGUGAUGUCGUCAUCCUCGUCUUCAUCUUCAUCUGCCAUGACACGCAGGUACUAAUGAAGCUGCAUCUGCGGGCACUGGAAAGUGGCGUGUUUCACUCAG